AUGGAUAAACAGUCCACAGUGGUGUUUCGAAAUGUGGGGCAACUGUACUUCCCCCAAACCAGAGUGGAGUGCCACUACAGUCUGACCUCUGAACAUCAGUGGAGCAGCAGUGACUGGAUAGGGAUUUUUGAGAUGGGCUGGUCUUCAGUGAAACAGUAUUACACAUAUACAUGGGCUCUUGUUGGUGAAGGCUACACUGAGGGAACCAGUGUAAACUGCUGUGCAAUUUUCCACGCAUGUUACCUGCCCCGUCCCAGUACCGUGGAGUUCCAGUUUGUGUAUGUAGAUAAGAAGGGAGAGGUGUGUGCCUGUAGUCGACCCUUCACUUUCUGUGCUCCCAAACCGCUGGAGGAGCUGGAGACUCUGAAAGAGGAACAAGAUGAGGAGGACGGAGGGGAAGAGCUGCUCCUGGUCAUCCCCAGGGCCCAGCUGCUGCAGAGCCGACUGGAAGAAUGCUUGAAAAAACAAGCCGAUUUACAGCAGGCUCUGGACCUGGCCAAAAAGGACACAGAGGAUGAGAAAGAGAGCAGCGAAAAAGCAAGGAUGGAGUGGGAGAGUGAAAGAGAAGCAAUGAAGGAGGAGAUCUCAGAGCUUAGAGACAACCUGAAGCACAACUGCGACAUGUUGAAGAAGAUGGAGGGAAAACACCAGAAUGUGAAGUAUAGUCAGGAAACUCUGACCUCUGAAUGGUGUAAACUUAAGGCUGACAAGGCUGAGAGUCAGCAGCGAAUCAAAGACCUGGAGGACGAUGUCAAAGUUCUGAGUGACAGGGAGAAAGAUGGAAACGUGGAACUGGAAAGGCUGAAGGAGAGAGUGAAGAAAAUGUCCAGUCAAAUGAAACACGAUGAGGAAAAGAGAAAGGCUCUUCAGGUGGAGAAUGAGGCCGGUCUGGCGGAGGUGCGAGGGCUGCAGGACCGUCUGGAUGCUAGUGAGCAUGUCACCGAGAGCCUGCGCAAGGAACUGAGGGACCUGGGCACGCGUCAGGCCAAUACCCAUGCCGAGCUGCACCAAGCCCGGCUGCAAGUGGCCCAGCUCACCCUGCAGCUGUCCGAGGAGAACCUGGUCUUCAGGGAGGAGCGGGCCAACUGGGCUCUAGAGAGAGAAGCUUACAGACAUGCAGUAGAAACUGACAAAAAGAAAUUGCAAGAGCUGAGUUGUGAGGUGCAGAGGACGGAGGACUGGCUCCAGGAGGAGAGGAUGGAGAGGGAGAAACUAGAAGUUGAGCUUGGGAGAGAGAGAGACUGCAAUCGGGUGCUGCUGAUUGAUGCCAAGCGAGAGCUGCAGGAGCUGAAGGCCAGUCUGAGGAAAGCCCGGACAGAGAGAGAGGAGCAGAAGCUUCAGAAACAGGACCUGGUGACCUACAUCCGUCAGUUAGAGCAAAGGCUGGGGACUGCGCCACAUAUACUAGCUCAAUCGGCUCCUGACUCUUCCUCUGAGGAUGACGAGGACGCUUCCUCAGCCUCCCCGAGAUCAGUCUGUUCACCUCUUUUCCUGUCCCCUCGACUGGAACGUUCCAGCAGAGCCGAGAUCCCAGCUGAGACACACAUCCAGAGCGAAGAAGACACACCAGCCUCCGACACACAGGAUGAGAAGAGGCAGCCCUGUGAGCCCCAAGCUGGUGAAGGGAAGCGGCUGAUCCAACCACAACUCAUCGACCCCAUCCUGAGUGAGCUGGCUGACUCCCCCAUGUGGUAACACAAAGAAGGACGGCCGGACGGCAGGUUGCUUGUUUACCGCUGCAGUGCACAUUCAUAAGAAAACCUAG